AUGCAAGCCGAACUCAAUUCUAUCUACGACAGGACAAUUGGGGCCCCUGAUAGCCAUGAUCAUGCAACCGGAGGCACCACCAAUGACAACAACUACCGCACAAUGCGGACAUCAAAUGUGGAAAUCAAAACGCUGCACACGGCACAACAACAGCAGGAUCUGGUUGACAUCCUGCACUCACGUCACGGAGGUGAUGACACCCAACACCAAAAAUUCUUGAGUGGCGGCACUACCCUAUGUGCCUCCUGCGCCAGAGUUGGUGGAAAACCUACCCGCAGCUCCACCCACAGCCCAGGUCCACGCAGCACCUCCAGCUCCUACGCCACCAACGUGGAGCGAACCCAUGCCAAGUGCACCCUUGUUGCAGACGGGCAGCCCGUGGGACGCAAUCCUGCUGCCAACAUUGCAAUACCUGGUCAAAGCUUACUGACUAGGUCCUCCAGCCGGGAACAACCGCACGGAGUACGUCACAUUAUUGGAGAACAAUCGUAUACCCAUCUCAAUCGCCUCCAGAUGGAUACCACGUCCCGGGUGGCACCUGCGGCCCCUUGA